UCAAGAAAUCAACUAUUACACCUCCAAACCAUCAACAGCUUAACCACCACCACCACCACCACCACCACCACCACCUCCAGUACCACACUAACCUCCCUCUCCUCCUCUACAGCCACCACCAACUAAAUAACAAUCAUGAAUCCACCAUCACCAACCCCCGACGAAUUCUCGUCUCUUCCUCUCGAAUUCGUCCCCUACCCUCCUCUACCUCCACAAACCACCCCUACUCCCAUACAAACCCCACCCGCACCCGCAUUCGCGCUUCCAAAUCCGAACGCUGCAUUCCCCUCAUUUCCCAUUCCCAAGAAACGCCGCCGUGGCCGUCCCCAAAAAACCCAAACCUCCUUUCACUUCCCCCAAUUUUUUCCACCCAAAGCCGCACAAAACCAACAACAAAAAAAACUAGUCCCUGAUAUUUCAGAAGAAAUCAUAGUAAUCAACAAAGAAUCAACAAACGAAGCCUUAAUUGGUCUCUCUGCUGGAUUCCCUGCUGAUUCCUUAACUGACGAAGAAAUAGAUGCCCGUGUGGUCACGAAUAUCGGCGGAAUCGAACAGGUUAAUUACAUUUUAAUUAGGAAUCAUAUAAUUGCGAAAUGGCGCGAGAAUGUUAAUGUUUGGGUGACUCAAGAAAUGUUUCUUAAUUCCGUGCCGAUACAUUGUCAUGGGUUGUUAGAUUCUGCUUACGAUUAUCUAGUUUCGCACGGGUAUAUUAAUUUUGGGGUUUCGCAGUCGAUAAAAGAAAGAUUCCCCAAUGAGUAUACGAAGUCGAAUGUGAUUGUUGUUGGGGCAGGAUUGGCGGGGUUGAGUGCGGCGAGGCAGUUAAUGAGGUUGGGAUUUAAGGUUACAGUUUUAGAAGGGAGGAAGCGUGCGGGCGGGAGAGUUUAUACUAUGAGAAUGGAAGGGGGAGCGGGGAAUAGGGUGAGUGCAUCGGUGGAUUUAGGAGGGAGUGUUUUGACGGGGACAUUGGGGAAUCCGUUGGGGAUUUUAGCAAGGCAGUUGGGGUUUUGGAUGCAUAAGGUGAGGGAUAAGUGUCCACUUUAUAGUGUGGGUGGGAGACCAGUUGAUUUGGAUAUGGAUAUGAAGGUUGAGACAGCAUUUAAUAGGUUGUUGGAUAAAGCAAGUAGACUUAGGCAGUUGAUGGGGGAUGUCUCAGUGGAUGUGUCAUUGGGGGCUGCGUUGGAAACGUUUAGGCAGGUUUAUGAGGAUGCUGUGAAUAAGGAGGAGAUCAAUUUGUUUAAUUGGCAUUGUGCUAAUUUGGAGUAUGCCAAUGCAGGUUUGUUGUCGAAGUUAUCAUUGGCAUUUUGGGACCAGGAUGACCCGUAUGACAUGGGAGGGGAUCAUUGUUUUUUGCCUGGAGGGAAUGGGAGGUUGGUUCAGGCUUUAGCUGAGAAUGUACCAAUUUUGUAUGAGAAGACUGUGCAUACUAUUAGGUAUGGGAGUGAUGGGGUGCAGGUUAUUGCGGGCAGCCAAGUCUUCGAGGGGGAUAUGGUGUUGUGUACGGUUCCUCUUGGAGUGUUGAAGAGUGGGUCGAUCAAGUUUAUUCCUGAGUUGCCACAGAGGAAGCUUGAUGGGAUAAAAAGGUUGGGAUAUGGACUGCUGAAUAAGGUUGCGAUGCUUUUUCCUUGCGUGUUUUGGGAAACUGACCUGGACACGUUUGGACAUUUGACUGACGAUACGAGUUCUCAAGGGGAGUUCUUCUUGUUUUAUAGCUAUGCAACUGUUGCUGGUGGUCCAAUCUUGAUUGCUUUGGUAGCAGGGGAAGCUGCUCAUAAAUUUGAGAGUAUGCCACCUACGGAUGCAGUGACCAAGGUUAUUCAAAUCCUCAAGGGUAUUUAUGAACCUCAAGGAAUCACUGUCCCAGAGCCUAUCCAAACUGUCUGCACAAGAUGGGGCAGUGAUCCAUUUACCCUUGGUUCUUACUCUAAUGUUGCGGUAGGGGCAUCAGGAGAUGACUAUGAUAUAUUAGCAGAAAGUGUGGGAGAUGGAAGACUUUUCUUUGCAGGGGAGGCCACAAAUAGGCGAUAUCCUGCAACUAUGCAUGGAGCUUUUCUCAGUGGGUUAAGAGAAGCUGCAAACAUGAUUCACUAUGCUGGCACUCGAGCCUCAAGGAUGAAGGUUAAUCGGACCCCAUCAAAGAAUGCCCACACUUGUGCUUCCCUUCUUGCAGAUUUAUUUAGGGAGCCAGAUAUAGAGUUUGGGAGUUUUUCUGUUAUUUUUGGCAGAAAGAAUCCUGACCCGAAGUCAACAGCAAUUUUAAGGGUGACAUUUAGUGAACCUCGAAAGAAGAGCCAGGAAGGUUCUAGGCCAGAUCAACGGCAUUCCAAUAAGUUACUUUUUCAGCAGCUUCAGUCACAUUUCAAUCAGCAACAACCACUUCAUGUGUACACUUUAUUGUCCAAACAACAGGCGCUUGAGUUGAGAGAGGUGAGAGGGGGUGAUGAAACGAGGAUGAAUUAUCUCUGUGAGAAGCUAGGAGUGAAAUUGAUUGGGAGAAAGGGUUUGGGGCCUACAGCUGAUUCACUCAUUGCAUCUAUUAAAGCUGAGAGAGGUGGGCACAAAACCCCUGCUACUUCUUUGGGUCUAAAAUCAGGGAUGUCCAAACUACAAAAGGUCACUUUGAAGCGAAAACUGGUCAGGAGAGCUAAAAUAGUGCGCAGCAGCAAUAAGUAUGUGCCUCCUCCGAAUUUGAACAUGGUAAAUGUUAAGGUGUUAGAAGAAAUUCGGACAACAAAUCAGGCACCUCCUGAAAGGAAUAGUACAGGACAAAUUCAAGUGGACAUGUUGAAGAAUGAACAGACAGCACCCUCCUGAUGAAUGGUGAGAAUGAAUUUUUUCCUCCUUCUGAACUAGUAAGAAGGGCCGGUUGGAGAACUCUGUCCGUGCUAUUACUGACUGUUGAAGAUACAUGUUCCAUGCACAAAAGCUCCAGGAAUGAUGCAUGGUGUCUACAAUGAGAAUUGAAAAUUGCUGUAUCUAAUGAAACUGCAUGUCAUAAUUGACUCCUUAUUCUUCAUCACCUCAGUCCUUCCUCGGGCAGCAUAAUGGAGAGGUAAUGCCCCUGAACCAUCAACCACAAAGCUUGUCCCCAAGUUGACUGUGGUGUGGAGAAAGGGUCCUCACAGAGGAGGAUUUAUGAAACAGCACAACUGUAUCGUGCCAUGAUGGAAAGAAGAUGUGAUGAUGUUAGCGCUGGUCAGGGUGGAAUCUGGUUUCGAUCUCCUAUAUUAUGGAAGUACAAGGUAUGAAUGAUCAUAGAUGUCAAACCUUAACAAAGGUCAAAACCCAAAAUGAGACUGCAUCUUGCUGAUCGUGGAAGAUCGGCACGUAAUGAUUUGUAAAAAUAAAGAAAACAAUGAUUUAACUCUGCUGUUUGUGACAGAGGCUGGACAACUUGGUGGCAAACAAAAAUAAAGGAAAAAAGAAAGAAAAAAAGUACUGAUUGCAAUUGUGCUUGUAAAUGCUCAAGACAAUGAACGACUUGUUCCUAGAGGUUUUAGUGAUUCUUGUUUCAUCUUGGUUC